AGAAGCCUCAGCAGUUGCACUUGCCAAAGCGGCUCCACAUAGCCAGCAAGCUACACUUUCACUGUUGCUCUUUGAAUUAACAAUUUUGAGUCACAGUCGCUCUGUCUCAGGUGCUGUCUGUGUUGUGUUGGACACGCAGCUGGGAAUGGGAUUUUCUUUACCGUAACUUGACGGCGGCAGCAGCAGUUGUUGGACCGGCGUUUUCGGCGCCUCCUCGCAGCGGAUUUACAAAGCCUAUCCGGUGACUGCAAUGCUAUUCAGCACCCUGGACAGAGACUAACCGUUUCAGCACCCCGGACAGAGACUAACCAUCCACUGGAGGCUGUGGAGAGGCUGGCACGUGGCAACAGGAAGGGGGAAGAAUGGAUCUUCAACCCGUUGUAAGAGCCUUCCCACAGGGAAGCCGGCGUCAGACGAAAGGCCUCAUGGGCCGUUGACCUGCUGUCUCUGUGAUUUAUGGCGGCUGGGGGCCUCUGGCCACUGCAGCCUCCUCUCCUCUCUCUCCUCCAUUUUCCUUCACACACACUGCAGGAUUGCAAGGAGCCACACACACUGCACCAUCGUCUACAGAAGUAUCUAAAGAGGAAUUCCUCGCACACGCUGAGCUGCAGCACGGGAACGCAUACAACUCCUGUUUACUGCACGGUCUCACACAAAAAUAAACACCCCCAUAAACAUUUCUACACUGCAGCCCCGUGUCCCGCAAUCCCAUCACAUGUCUAUCAGACCGAGCCUGCGCUAAGAGUAUUCUCCAUUUGACUGUGUGUGGAUUACUAUCAGUCAUGGUGUGUCAGCUGUAGAGCACUUGGUGUAGUUGCUGCUAAGGGGCAGAGGCGGAUCAAUGGAAGUUCGUUGAGUAACGAGGUGAUGUUCCUGUUUUCACAUGGUCUGAGAGCAAUCAGCAGCCAGCAUUUCUCAGCUGACUCUAUACACUGCUCUGCUUCUACACAGCUAUAACCAUCCUCCUCUCGCGGACUAUUAGUGCAUUGACUUAUAGUUUUGUUCUAAUAUUAGACACACUAGCCAGACAUUUGCUCCUGUGCACACCAGAGCUGUCGGAGCACCUUUAACAGAAUUUAUUUUCUCCAACCGUAAAGGUUACACAGUGCCGUUUUCUUCUGAACUAUUUCUGCUUUUGAAAGCUGGGGAGUGAGACUGAGAGCCAGCAGGUGCCCUCGCCAUGGUGUUGCCGCCACCAGACAAACGCCACGUGUGCCUGACCACCAUCGUCAUCAUGACCAGCAUGGCCUUCAUGGACGCCUACCUGGUGGAGCAGAACCAGGGUCCCAGAAAGAUUGGUGUGUGUAUUAUAGUGCUGGUAGGGGAUGUAUGCUUCCUCAUAGUGCUGCGAUAUGUGGCAGUGUGGGUCGGUGCUGAGGUGCGCACCGCCCGACGAGGAUACGCCAUGAUCCUGUGGUUUCUGUACAUCUUUGUGCUGGAGAUCAAGCUCUACUUUGUCUUCCAGAAUUGCAAGGCAGACAGGAAAAGUUUGGAGACGGUGGCCCGGAAGGCUUUGACGUUAUUAUUAUCUGUAUGUGUACCAGGCUUAUACUUGGUUCUAGUGGCUCUGGAUAGUAUGGAAUAUGUGAGAACUUUCCGGAAGAAGGAGGACAUGAGGAGUCGUCUAUUCUGGGUGGCUCUGGACCUGCUGGACCUGCUGGAUAUCCAAGCCAACCUGUGGGAGCCCCAGCGGACAGGCCUGCCCAUCUGGGCCGAGGGCCUGAUGUUCUUCUACUGUUACAUCCUGCUGCUCAUCCUGCCCUGCGUGUCGCUCAGUGAAAUCAGCAUGCAGGGGGAGCAAAUGUCGCCCCAGAAGAUGAUGCUGUACCCAGUUCUGAGCCUGGUCACCAUAAAUGUGGUCACUAUCCUCAUACGAGGUGUUAACAUGGUGCUGUUUCAGGACAGCCGUGUUUCCACCAUCUUUGUCGGAAAGAACGUGGUCGCCAUCGCCACAAAGGCGUCCACCUUCCUGGAGUACCGCAGACAAGUGAAGGAGUUCCCCCACCCGCAAAACGCCAUGGCGCUAGAGCUGCAGCAGAACAGCCACACACAGCCGCUGCCCAACUCCACCAGUUUGCCACAUGAACCUUCGCCUGCGCAGGAUGUCAUUGACACAUGACCACCAGCGCUGGACUGAGCACCAUUAGAAACUGACUGCUUUUUAUGAAAGCUCCAGGAUUGGAGGUAGAUAGAGAAAUCAGCUGCAUGACAGGAUGAUAUUCUGCUCUUGUCAAGCCAACAUGAACUGCUGUGAAACCAUAAAAGAGAUUUUCAGCAUCACCUGCCUGUCAGAACAAACUGUAAACCUACACUUGACUGAGUGCAGUGUGCAGACUUUAAAAACAAGUCAAAGGUUUUUAUCGUGCUAUUGUGUUUUUAAUUGUUUCAAAUGUUUUAAAAGUUUGAACUUUUAUUAGAGACAAUCUCCACAGCGCGCAGCCUGGUGACAUUAUGUUGUGAAAAAAUGGACAGUUGGUCCCCCUUCGGUGAGUAUCUUGUAUUUUUUAAAGGUCAUUUUUUCGACAGUGCAUCUGUGGCAUUUCCUUUGAAUUCUAGCAUCAAAGGACAUACCACUCAGCGUGAUGCAAUGAUGGAGAGGAGGAGAAUUGAGUGACAAGGGUCAGUCAUGGGGGGUGGGGGGAUACCUGUGCUGUGCUAGAGCAAGGUUUGUGGCAGACGAAUGCUUUUCCUUCGGUUUGGUUCUGCUGAGAAAUGAGCUCUGUGGAAGCUGCUGCCUCGGUCAGUGUGGCGCUUUGCGACCAAAGGUCUGAUUAAAGCACCGGAGCUCAGCACUAUACCAUCCACUGCAGGCAUCCAAGCGUGUGUUCUAAUGUGUGUGUGUGUGUGUGUGUGUGUGUGUGUGUGUGUGUGUGUGUGUGUGUGUGUGUGUGUGUGUGUGUGUGUGUGUGUGUGUGUGCGUGUGUGUGUGUGUGUGUUUGUGUGUGUGCGUGUGUCUAUGUGUACGCACACUAGUCUAUAGAGUAUGUGUACCUGCAAGCAUACGUGUUUACCACAGGAGGUUUAGGUUUUUUCAAAUUGUUCUGGAACAGGUGGGAGUGGUUGAUGUGUGGUGUAUGAUGAAUUACAAAUGAGACAAAAUAUGUAGUCAGUGAUAAAAAAAAAAAAACUAAUAUGAUGGGG